AUGAGUUGUCCAAAACAAAUUAAUGAAAAUAGUCCUUUGGCCUUAAAUAGUGCCCUGAAUAUUUUUUCCGUUCCUCCUACUAAUGUUUCUGUUAUUCGCUCAUUUUUUCGAGAGAUUCUUCCUCUUAGCACAAUAACACAGGAUUCGCCUUAUUUGUUUCGUUUGUUCAGUGAUAAUCUCUGGACUGACCUUUCCAGGACUUAUCUUUAUCUUGAACUUUCUAUUGAAAAGCUUGGUGAAAAUGGUAAAUGGGAAGAUAUUGAUUCGACUAAAGAUACAAAUAUAGGAACCAUUCAAGGUAUCGGGCAAACAUUCGUUCAACAACUAAAAGUUAAUGUUGGUAAUACUGAAAUUUACGAUAGUGGUACUCUUUAUCCAUAUAAAGCAUAUAUAACCAAUGAAUUAUCAUUUCCUGACAAUGUUAAGUCUAAUUUUCUUGCAUCAGUAGGGUACUAUAAAAGCGAAAAGCAUGAUGAUGCUUUUGAUUCAGGAUUUAUAAAUCGAUGUUCGCUAUUUGCUGGGGGUAAAAGAUCUCAGUUUCUUUCACGAUUAGAUUUUGAUUUGGGAAACCAGGAAUUAUUUUUACUUAAUAACUUAGAUAUAAACUUUAGCAUCUAUAGAAGUAAAAAUUCAUUUGUUUUACAUAAGCUUAAAGCCGAUGAUAAAAACGAAUAUAGGCUUUAUGUUCAUGACGUUAAACUUUUUUCUAAAAUGAUUGAGGUACAGCCAUCUCUCAAUAUGAACAUUUAUAAAACGCUUGAAUCAAAGCCUGCUACAUAUGCUCUGCGAAGAACUGAAAUGAAAUCGACCUUUUUAACCGCGGGGCGCACAGAAAUUGAAUAUAAUGCUUUUAGCGCUACAAUACCGAGAAGAGUCACGGUUGCUUUGGUGUCAAACAAGGCAUUUAAUGGGGACAUUGCUCUUUCCCCAUUUAACUUUAAACCAUUUGAUUUGCGAGAAAUCUCAGUUCAUACUGGAGGACAUAUUUAUCCCAUGGUUGCUUAUAAACUAAAAUUUGAAAAAGAUCUUUUUGUUCGAGCUUUCGUUGACAUGUACGAAGCAUUGGGGAUGGCUAACUCUGAUCGGUCCAUUGAUAUUCCAAUGUCCCGAUACAAAAAUGGGUGGACAUUUUUUGUGAUACCUUUGACUUCAACACUUGACGACUCUUGUGGGUUUGAGUUGCUUAGAAGUGGUACUACAAGUAUUCGUUUAGAAUUUAAUUCUCCCAUUCCUUCUGGUGGAGUUGAAAUGAUUAUCUUGGGAGAAUUUGAUCAAAUGUUAAUGAUAGAUUAUAAUCGGCAUAUCGUUUCGGAUUCCAAUCUUGGUUAAAAAUUUGUAUAAAUAAUUGGUUAUUAAAAUCAUACAGGCAUUUAAAAUGCAAAAUUACUCUGAUAUUUCUGAUAAUAUAACUUUCGCUUUAAAUCUUGAUGAAAAUUUUAAGGGAUCUAAUAAGAUUGUAGCUUAUGAUAUUCUUUUAUUUUUAUUGAUUUAUUCACUGUUAAUACCUAUGAUUCUUCUAUGCUGGGUUUUAAUUCUUAGAUUAUUGCGCAAUAGAGGUUUAAUUACUCCCACUCAAGAAAAUGCCAUCACAGAAAAUAUUAAAGAUAUACCCCUGGUUGGGCUACCAAGAUCAAUUACUCAUUAUAAUUUACCCAUUGGAUCUGAAUGCC